AUGACAACCGCCAAACCAGCAGUAUCCGCCUCCUAUUCCUCCCCCCAACCACCGCACACCUCCUUCACAUUCCGCCACGAAAUCGCGGCACCUUUCCCCUCCGAGAAAUCAGACUCGGUCGCCGCGAAAAAGGCAUACUUGUCCGAACUACGUGGUCUCGUUACUCUGGUGCAGGCAGAAGUAAAUGUCUUCCUAACCGAGAGAAUGGAAGAAGAUAAGAAAAGUGCUGGAGGAGCGACAGGCAAGGAUGCAGAGCAGGAAGCGAAGGACGAGGAGAAUUACGGGGAGGAGAAUGUUGAGGACGAUACUUAA